UAGGGGCGGAUGGAGGCGGCGCGGAGGCCGCGGCCCGGGCUACGCCGCCGGAGGCCGUCCCCGGGGGCCGGGGUCGCGCACCCACGUGUUUCCCGGAACCCCACUCGGUUCCGCGCCCGCCCGCCCCCUCGGGGUUGUCCCCCCCAACCCCUCUUCCCCGCCGGGCCCCCGCUGACUGCUCCCCGCACCCCCAGCGGCCGCGGGGGGCCCCUCCCGGGGGACGGCGGCGAGUGCGCGCGGCCGUGGGCGGAGCUGCUGCGCGCCGCGAGCGCGGAUCUGAGCCCCGACGGAGAGCUGCCGCCGCUGCCCGCCUUCCCCGGCCCGGAGCCCGGCGGCGGCCCGGAGCGCAGCGCGCCCCCCGAGGUGUUCACCGUGGGAGCCCGCACCUUUUCCUGGACGCCGUUCCCGCCGGCCCCGAGGGGAGGCGGGGGCCCAGAACGAUCCUACCGCGUGCUCCUUGGGGCCCGGGGACGCUCGGGGUCCCCGGCCCGGUCCCCGCAGCGACGCCCUGCGCCGGAGCCCCGCGGGACCCCUGGCGCCCGGGAGCAGCUGUGGGAGGCCGCGCCGACCCUGCGGAGCUGCCCCAUGUGCCAGGCCAACUUCGCCCCCGGUCUGGACGUCGAUCGCCACCUUGCUCAGUGCUUGGCGGAAAGCGCAGAAGACGUGGUGUGGUGAGCCGACGUGCCCGCCAGCCCAGCCCGUGCAGAGGCCCAGGCCCUCGGCCAGAACCAUGUCCUCCGCCUUGAAAGCCGCGUAUUAAAAGUGUGGACUCGGGGCGCCUGGGGGGCUCAGUGGGUUGAGCCUCUGCCUUCAG